AUGCACGAGAAACUGCAACAUGAUGUGCAAUCCACCGAGGACCAGAUCCGUAAUGUGAUCGAAAGCAGUUCCCAAUUGACGAAUCCUCCCGAUUCCUCUCCUCCGGACGGAGGAUAUGGAUGGGUGUGUACCGUUGCAGCUGCGACUAUCAACGCGCAUUCUUGGGGCUUCAAUUCCGCUUAUGCGGUGUUCCUGGCUCACUACUUGAACAACAACAUUUUUCCUGGUGCUACUGCACUCCAAUAUGCCCUGGUAGGAUCAUUGAGUCUCACCUGUUUGAUGCUCAUCUCGCCCGUGGCAACUCUUGCAGUUGGCAAGAUUGGAAUUCGAGCAACCAUGUUUUGUGGUGUAGUUCUUGAAACUGCCAGUCUAUUAUGUGCAAGCUGGGCUUCGCAAAUAUGGCAUCUGUUUCUGACGCAAGGACUGGUCUUCGGCGUGGGAUUGGGCCUCAUCUUCAUCCCAGUGGCUGCCGUGGUCCCGCAGUGGUUUACUACCAAACGGUCACUAGCAAGCGGAGUUUCGCUGGCCGGUGCUGGUCUUGGUGGCGCAGUGUAUUCGCUUGCUGCUUCCGCUAUGAUACGGAACCUAGGAUUGAGACUCACCUAUCGGAUUCUGGGGAGUAUCGCUUUUGUCGUGAACACGAGCUGCACACUUUUGAUCAAAGACCGGAAUCGCGCUACUGGAUCAAAGCGAGUAGCAUUCAAUGCCAGACUGUUCCGGAGAUGGGAGUAUAAUCUGUUGCUCGGAUUCAGUGUAUUCAGCAUGCUGGGCUAUUUCAUCUUGAUCUUCAGCCUGGCCAAUUUUGCAAACUCCAUUGGCCUCAAUGCUUCGCAGGCGUCCGUUGCCAGCGCACUAUUCAACAUCGGCCAGGCAAUAGGGCGACCCUUGAUCGGGUACUUCAGCGAUACCACUGGGCGGAUCAACAUGGCAGGUUCAAUGACACUCCUCGCCGGUGUUUUACCCCUGGUUAUCUGGACCAAUACCAAAAGCUACGGGGUUUUGAUAUUCUUCGCCAUAGUCGAGGGUCUGGUUGCUGGCAACUUUUGGGCGACAAUAGCACCCCUUGUGGCGGAAAUCGUCGGCCUAGAGAAUGUACCUUGUGGGCUCAACCUUUUGUGGCUGGUCAUCGCCAUACCGUGUACAUUCAGUGAGCCAGUUGCGUUGGAGAUUUUCUCCGGUACCGGGAGUUACCUCGGCACACAGCUGUUUACUGGAUUCAUGUACAUUGCUGCUGCGACAUGUAUGCUAGCUCUGCGAGGAUGGAAAAUCGCGCAGAAAGCGCAGUCUGUUGAUGAGAGUGACUUUAGCACAGUUGGAGGCUCUCGGUGUACAGAAGAUACGGAAAAGACCCGAGUUAGAGACUGCUGCUCUAAUUGCUUAACAUGGGCGAAUGUAUAA